CCAUAGUUGCAGUUGUGUUCAUCAUUUCCCCACACCUCCUCCUCCUGCUUCCAAUAUCAGCCUCUGAUCAUCAGUAGUAGCACCAGCAACAGCAGCAUCGGGAGAGCUGGCUGCUGGCUGCCCAGGGCGAGCUCAGCUCCAGCUUUAAAUGCUAUUGCAGAGUCCUAAUGAUCUGUUAAACCCAUUUGCAAUCCCACCCCACACCCAGUGGCUGCGUGGUACGAUCCUCAGGAGCUGGAUGGUGAACGCCUGCUUGUGAGGCUGGAUGCUGAGGAGGUAGCAGUGUCUGGCUGGAGAUAAGGGAGUGCUGCUACUACUGCUGCUGCUGGGGCUGCUAUCAUUACCUGACCCCACAGAACUGCCCUGACCAGGCACCCUUUUUACCGACCCCUUGUACUGGACAGCUAGGUGUCAUACCUGACCAGGAAUUCAGCGUGGAUUUACUGUAUCUCAUGCUUGCUUCGCAAAAGAGUCGGUCAAGCAAGGGCAUCACUGCUAGAUUAUGGCAAGACCUGUGCAAGGAAACCAACCAGAGGCUUCAGAGCUGCUCAAAGUUCCCAGUCACUAGGAUCUUCUUUUAAUUUUAAUUUUCCUGCCUUGUGCUUCAUGACAGUGAGAUAUUUGUUUUACAAAAUAUGGAGCAGAUGGACAGCAAGCCUUACCAGCCUUUAUCGAAAGUGAAGCAUGAAAUGGAUCUUGCUUAUACAAGUUCUUCGGAAGACAGUGAAGAUGAGCAGAAGCCUAGACAAUCUUACAAUUCAAGAGAAACUCUUCAAGAAUGCACCCAGGAAAUAAGACUUAACUAUAACAGCCAUAGUAGCAGGAAGAGAAAGGCUGUUGAAGAGGCGAAUCAAGAGAUGGAAUUCUGUGAGACACCGCAAAUCUUGUGCUCUGGCUACCAGACCAACCUACAUGGCAUUUCUCAGCAUCCCUACCCACUUGAAAUGGGUUCUGAUGUAGAUACAGAGACAGAAGGAGCUGUAUCACCAGACCGUGCCCUGAGGAUGUGGAUGAGAGAGAUGAAGUCAGAACAUAGCUCAUGCAUGUCAAGUCGGGCCAACUCUGCACUAUCCCUCACGGACACUGACCAUGAAAGGAAGUCAGAUGGGGAGAAUGACUGGACUAGACUAUUAGACUGUGGAAGCUGUUCACCAAAAAAAAUUCCUGGCAGCCCACGGAAUCAGUUCACCUUCCGGCCCCUACCUCCACCACCACCUCCACCACAUGCAUGCACCUGCAGUCGACAGACUUCCCAAACACUGGACACUCUCCAGAGGAGCUCAAUGACAUCUCACAGCCAGCCAAGUCCAGCUGCAUCAAACCCUCCUUCUAGUACUCAAGAUUCUGUGCACCUGCACAACAGCUGGGUUCUAAACAGCAACAUACCACUGGAGACCAGGUCAACGAUGAGGAUUCAAGGAUAUCAGCUGACCACGCUGGAACCAGGAAAAAGGCAUUUUCUUUUCAAGCAUGGAUCUGGCUCUUCGCCUAUCUUCAGUGCUGCAAGUCAGAACUACCCUUUAACGUCCAAUACUGUUUACUCUCCACCUCCUCGACCACUGCCUCGAAGUACCUUCUCCAGACCAGCCUUUACAUUUAACAAAUCAUACCGUUGCUGUAACUGGAAAUGUACAGCAUUAAGUGCUACGGCUAUUACAGUAACUUUGGCCCUGUUGCUGGCAUAUGUUAUAGCAGUUCAUUUGUUUGGCUUAACUUGGCAACUCCAACCUGUGGAAAGUCAGCUUUAUGAGAAUGGGGUCAGUAAAGGAAGCCGUGGUGAGGAAUCCACAGACACUACCUAUUCACCACUUGGAGGAAAGAUUGCUGAUAAAGCAGAGAAAAAAGUGUAUCAAAGAGGAAGAGCGGUAGACUCCGGAGAAGUCGAUAUUGGAAAACAAAUCAUGCAGACAAUCCCACCAGGUUUAUUCUGGCGUUUCCAAAUUACAAUCCACCACCCGCUGUAUUUGAAAUUUAAUGUUUCUUUGGCUAAAGACUCUUUGCUUGGGAUUUAUGGAAGAAGAAACAUACCACCAACUCAUACACAGUUUGAUUUUGUAAAGCUAAUGGAUGGAAAGCACUCGAUGAAGCAAGAACCAAAAAAUGCAGAAAAUCCCCAGCAUGCACCACGUAGUCUAAUUUUGGCAUCUUUACAAGAAACUGGUUUUAUUGAAUAUAUGGAUCAAGGUGCUUGGCAUUUAGCCUUUUACAAUGAUGGAAAGAAAAUGGAGCAAGUAUUUGUACUUACAACAGCAAUUGAAAUGAUGGAUGAUUGUUCUACCAACUGCAAUGGCAACGGAGAAUGCAUAUCCGGUCAUUGCCAUUGCUUUCCGGGAUUCCUGGGUCCAGACUGUUCUAGAGAUUCAUGUCCGGUACUUUGUAGUGGUAAUGGGGAAUACGAGAAAGGACACUGUGUAUGUCGAAAUGGAUGGAAAGGUGCUGAAUGUGAUGUUCCAGAGGAGCAAUGUAUUGAUCCUACCUGCUCUGGUCAUGGUACAUGUAAAAUGGGGGUCUGUAACUGUGUACCUGGAUACAAAGGAGAAAUAUGUGAAGAAGAGAACUGCCUUGAUCCAAUGUGUUCUGAUCAUGGAGUAUGUGUUCAAGGAGAGUGCCAUUGUACUGCUGGUUGGGGAGGAGUGGACUGUGAAAACGCACUGGCACUGUGCCAGGAGCAGUGUUCCGGCCAUGGGACCUUCCUCCUAGAUAGUGGUGUAUGCAGCUGUGAGCCACUCUGGACUGGUGCAGAUUGUUCUACAGAGUUGUGUGCGGUGGACUGUGGAAGUCACGGAGUUUGCACAGGGGGAGUUUGUCAAUGUGAAGAUGGCUGGGGAGGAGCCAGCUGUGAUGAACGCACAUGCCACCCAAUCUGUGCUGAACACGGUCAAUGUAGAGAUGGAAAAUGCGAAUGCAGCCCUGGUUGGGAGGGUGAGCACUGUACAAUUGCACACUACUUGGAUGCUGUAAGAGAUGGAUGCCCAGGCCUAUGCUAUGGAAAUGGUAGAUGUACCCUUGACCAGAAUGGAUGGCAUUGUGUAUGCCAUAUAGGCUGGAGUGGAACUGGGUGUAAUGUUAUCAUGGAAAUGGCAUGUGCUGACAACAUUGAUAAUGAUGAAGAUGGACUGACAGAUUGUGUGGAUCCUGAUUGCUGCCAGCAAACCAAUUGCUUCUCUAGCCCUCUCUGUCAAGGUUCACCUGACCCUCUGGAUCUUAUCCAACAAAGUCAGCCACCAUUCUCCCAGCAUCCCCCAAGGCUUUUUUAUGACCGCAUCAGAUUCCUUAUUGGGAAGGAAAGCACUCAUGUAAUUCCCGGAGACGUUACUCUUGAUAGCAGUCGCUCCUGUGUUGUACGGGGUCAGGUUGUAGCAGUUGAUGGCACACCACUAGUAGGAGUCAAUGUCAGCUUUGCACACCACAUUGAUUAUGGCUACACAAUCAGUCGGCAUGAUGGAAGUUUUGAUCUUGUUACAAUUGGUGGAAUCUCUGUUACGCUCCUUUUUGAGAGAUCACCUUUUUUUCCUGUAAAGAGGACACUGUGGUUGCCAUGGAAUAAAUUCAUUGUGGUGGAUAAAGUGGUAAUGCAGAGAGAACAGAUCGAGACUCUGUUAUGUGACAUGAGUAGUUUUAUGAGUCCCAAUCCAAUUGUCCUUCCUUCACCAUUAACGACCUUUGCUGGUUCCUGUGCAGAACGAGGCUCUGUUAUUCCAGAACUACAGGUAGUCCAAGAGGAGAUUCCCAUUCCAUCCAGUUUUGUGAAGCUCAGUUAUCUGAGCAGUCGAACAUUUGGGUACAAGAGUCUUGUAAAUAUUAUUCUGACUCAUGCCACGAUCCCAAUUGGAUUGAGUAAAGUACAUCUGGUUGUCACUGUAGAGGGACGACUUACACAAAAAUGGUUUCCUGCCGCCUCCAAUCUAUUUUACACAUUUGCCUGGAAUAAAACAGAUAUUUAUGGUCAAAAGGUUUUGGGACUGACGGAAGCACUAGUAUCAGUUGGAUAUGAAUAUGAAUCAUGCCCAGACCUUGUACUAUGGGAGAAAAGGACAGUCACGUUGCAAGGUUUUGAGAUGGAUGCUUCAAAUCUUGGUGGGUGGUCCUUCAACAAACAUCACAUUUUAAACCCUCAAAAUGGAAUAUUGCAUAAAGGAGAUGGAGAAAAUAUAUUCAUAUCUCAGCAGCCUCCUGUGAUCUCCACUCUGAUGGGAAACGGUCAACAGAGAAGCCUUUCCUGUUCCAGUUGCAAUGGACCAAUAUAUAACAACAAACUAUUUGCUCCAGUUGCUAUGGCAACUGGGCCGGACGGUAGCAUAUAUAUUGGGGAUUUUAACUUCAUAAGACGGAUACAGCCAUCCGGAAAUGUCAUCAGUAUUUUAGAGCUUAGAAACAGGGAUACAAGGCACAGUACUAGUCCAGCUCACAAGUAUUAUUUGGCUGUCGACCCAGCCUCCGAAGCUCUUUACCUGUCAGACACUAAUUCCAGAAAGGUCUACAGAGUGAAAUCUAUUAAUGACGUGAAGGAAUUGACAAAGAACUUUGAAGUCGUGGCAGGAACCGGAGAUCAAUGCCUUCCAUUUGAUCAGAGUCAUUGUGGCGAUGGUGGAAGAGCAAAUGAAGCUAGUCUCAACAGCCCAAGAGGCAUAACCGUAGAUGGACAUGGCUUCAUUUAUUUUGUUGAUGGCACCAUGAUUCGCAAAAUCGAUGACAGAGGCAUAAUUUCAACAGUUAUAGGUCUUAAUGGUCUCACAUCAACUCAACCAUUGAGCUGUGACUCAGGAAUGGAUAUCAGUCGGGUUCGUCUAGAGUGGCCGACAGACCUUGCAGUCAACCCAAUGGACAAUUCGCUGUACAUCUUGGACAAUAAUAUUGUGCUGCAGAUCUCUGACAAUAGUCAAGUGAGAAUAGUUGCUGGACGUCCCAUACAUUGCCAGGUUCCAGGCAUUGAUUACUUCCUUGUCAGCAAAGUAGCAAUCCACUCAACUUUGGAGUCUGCUAGGGCCAUCGCUGUGUCACACAGUGGAGUCCUGUUCAUUGCUGAAACAGACGAAAGGAAGAUCAAUAGAAUACAGCAAGUCACCACUAAUGGAGAGAUUUCCACAUUAGUCGGAGCUCCAACAGACUGCGACUGCAAGAUCGAUCCAAACUGUGAUUGCUUCUCAGGUGAUGGCGGAUUUGCAAAAGAUGCCAGGCUAAAAGCACCUUCAUCGUUAGCUGUGUCUCCAGACGGCACACUGUACAUAGCAGACCUUGGAAACAUACGAGUUCGUGCAGUUAGUCGAAAUAAACCUCAUCUGAAUUCCAUGAAUAUUUAUGAAGUUGCUUCACCAGCAGACCAAGAAUUGUAUCAGUUCAGCACCAAUGGGACCCAUCUUCACACAUUAAAUCUAAUAACUAGGGACUAUGUUUACAAUUUUACCUACAACGGGGAUGGAGAUAUCAACUCUAUCACAAGCAGUAAUGGUAAUUCUGUACAUGUUCGCAGAGAUGCAGGAGGAAUGCCUCUGUGGUUGGUGGUACCUGGAGGUCAAGUCUAUUGGCUCACAAUCAGCAGUAAUGGGGUUUUGAAAAGAAUUUCUGCUCAAGGAUAUAACCUUGCACUGAUAACCUAUCAUGGCAACACGGGACUUCUAGCAACAAAAAGUAAUGAAAAUGGAUGGACUACUGUUUAUGAGUAUGACCUUGAAGGACACCUAACAAAUGCAACAUUUCCAACCGGAGAAGUCAGCAGUUUUCACAGUGAUAUGGAAAAGUCUACUCGAGUCAUACUUGACACUUCAAAUAGAGAAAAUGUUGUGACUACAACAAACAUAUCUGCAACUAGCACAAUAUAUGCAUUGAAACAAGAACAUACCCUAAAUACUUAUCGUGUCAAUCCUGAUGGUUCAUUACGGGUCACCUUUGCCAGUGGUAUGGAAAUAACACUUAAUGCAGAGCCUCACAUCCUAGCUGGAGUGGUCAGUCCAACUCUAGGAAAAUGUAACAUUUCACUACCUGGGGAGCACAGCCCUAACUUGAUUGAAUGGCGACAAAGGAAAGAGCAGAAUAAAGGAAACAUCUCUGCAUUUGAAAGACGCUUAAGGGCUCAUAAUAGGAACCUGUUGUCCAUUGAUUUUGAUCACAUCACUAGAACAGGAAAGAUCUAUGAUGACCACAGAAAAUUCACUCUUAAAAUACUUUAUGAUAAAACUGGACAUCCAGUUCAGUGGUCACCAAACAGCAAGUAUCAUGAGGUUAACAUCACCUACUCACCUUCUGGGCUUGUUACAUUUAUUCAAAGAGGAACUUGGACAGAGAAGAUAGAGUAUGACCAGAAUGGAAAAAUGGUUUCCCGAAUUUGGGCCAAUGGUAAAAUAUGGAGCUAUACAUACUUGGAAAAAACUAUAAGCCUCCUUUUGCAUAGCCAGCGGCGUUAUAUCUUUGAAUAUGACCACUCGGAUUAUCUUGCGUCAGUAACAAUGCCCAACAUGGUGCGUCAUAGUUUGCAAACAAUGCUCUCCGUGGGAUAUUAUAGGAAUAUUUAUAGCCCACCAGACAAUGCUGGGUCUUUUAUACAAGAUUUCACUGGAGACGGACGGCUUUUACAGACUUUAUACCUUGGUACAGGACGUAGAGUCCUUUAUAAGUACACCAAGCAAACCAAACUCUCUGAAAUAAUCUACGAUACCACUCAAGUCACAUUUACUUAUGAGGAAUCAUCUGGAGUGAUUAAAACAAUACAUCUGAUGCAUGAAGGAUUUGUGUGUACCAUCAGAUAUCGACAGACAGGUCCCCUUAUAGGAAGACAGAUCUUUAGAUUUAGUGAAGAAGGUCUUGUAAAUGCCAGGUUUGACUACAGCUACAAUAAUUUCAGAGUCACCAGUAUGCAGGCCAUGAUAAAUGAGAUACCUCUACCCAUAGACCUGUAUCGGUACGUUGACGUCUCGGGAAGAACUGAGCAGUUUGGAAAGUUCAGCGUAAUCAAUUAUGACUUAAAUCAAGUUAUCACGACUACAAUGAUGAAACAUACAAAAAUAUUUAGUGCAAGUGGACAAGUCAUUGAGGUGCAAUAUGAAAUACUAAAGGCUAUAGCUUAUUGGAUGACCAUACAGUAUGAUAUUAUGGGCCGUAUGGUUAUAUGCGACAUACGAGUUGGAGUUGAUGCUAAUAUAACUAGAUAUUUUUAUGAAUAUGAUGCAGACGGACAACUUCAGACAGUGUCUGUAAAUGAUAAAAUUAAAUGGCGUUAUAGUUAUGAUCUAAAUGGAAACAUUAAUCUACUAAGCCAUGGUAACAGUGCUCGCCUAGCGCCACUGAGGUAUGAUAUUGGAGACCGCAUUACUAGACUGGGAGAAAUUCAGUAUAAAAUGGAUGAAGAUGGAUUCCUCAGACAGAGAGGAAAUGACAUAUUUGAGUAUAACUCAAAUGGGCUUCUCAGCAAGGCAUAUAACAAGGUUGCAGGUUGGAAUGUACAUUACCGAUAUGAUGGACUAGGAAGGCGUGUUGCAAGCAAAUCAAAUUCAGGUUUACAUCUACAAUACUUUUAUGCAGAUCUAGCCAACCCAAUAAGAGUUACACAUCUGUAUAAUCAUUCUAGCUCUGAUAUAACAUCUCUCUACUACGAUCUUCAAGGCCAUCUCAUUGCCAUGGAGCUAAGCAGUGGGGAGGAAUAUUAUGUUGCAUGUGACAACACCGGAACACCACUAGUGGUUUUCAGCAGUCGUGGGCAAGUAAUAAAGGAACUUCUAUACACACCUUAUGGAGAUAUUUAUCAAGACACCAAUACCGAUUUUGAAGUCAUCAUUGGAUUUUAUGGAGGAUUAUAUGAUUCUCUGACAAAGCUUGUGCACCUCGGUCAGAGAGAUUAUGACGUUGUUGCAGGACGAUGGGCAACACCGAACCAGAACAUUUGGAAUAAAUUAAACACCAGUCCUAAACCUUUCAAUUUGUACUCAUUUGAAAACAAUUAUCCAGUUGGAAAAACACAAGAUGUGGCACAAUAUACUACAGAUAUUGGAAGUUGGCUGGAACUAUUUGGAUUUCAGCUACACAAUGUACUCCCUGGAUUUCCAAAACCAGAGGCAAAGGGGUUUGAAUCAACAUAUGAGUUGUUACAAUUACAAAGUAAAACACAAGAAUGGGAUCCUGGGAAGAACAUCCUUGGUAUUCAGUGUGAAUUGAAGAAGCAGCUUCGAAACUUCAUUUCUUUAGAUCAACUUCCAAUGGCCCCUAAACAAAAUGAAGGGAAAUGUCACAGAAAUACAAAAUAUCCCAGAUUUGCUGCUAUUCCAUCUGUGUUUGGAAAAGGCAUAAAGUUUGCUAUCAAAGACGGAAUAGUGACAGCUGACAUAAUUGGAGUUGCUAAUGAAGACAGCCGUCGUAUUGCUGCUAUUCUUAACAAUGCACAUUACCUGGAAAACUUACAUUUUACUAUUGAAGGACGGGACACACAUUACUUUAUUAAGUUAGGUUCUUUAGAGGAAGAUUUAGCUGUAAUUGGUAAUACUGGUGGUGGACGCAUUCUGGAAAAUGGAGUCAAUGUCACUGUGUCACAGAUGACUUCAGUGGUCAACGGGAGGACUAGAAGAUUUGCUGACAUCCAACUUCAACAUGGUACCUUGUGCUUUAAUGUCCGCUAUGGAUCAACUAUUGAAGAAGAAAAGAAUCAUGUCUUAGAAUUAGCUAGACAGAGAGCUGUGGCCCAGGCAUGGACUAAGGAACAGAAAAGACUGCAGGAAGGAGAGGAAGGCAUACGAAUGUGGACCGAGGCAGAAAAACAGCAGCUUUUAAGCACAGGGAAGGUACAAGGCUAUGACGGAUAUUUUGUUCUAUCAGUGGAAUCAUACUUAGAACUUUCUGAUAAUGCCAACAACAUUCACUUUAUGAGACAGAGUGAAAUAGGCAAGAGGUAACAAACACACAAAAAAAUCCUCUUUGCCUUUGCGUCACCAAAGACUGCCUGUUUUUAAAACAUAAAAUGGUUUAUUGUAUUGAUUUUCUAGAUCAGAUCUCUGUAUAUGUAAAUAUAAUGAAAACAUAUCCAACUGCCUUUAAAUGUGACAAAAGAUGGUAUUUUAAUAUUGUUAGUUUUAAUGAUGUCAUCCUUCCAGCACGAGGGCAUCUCUUAGCACAAUGCUGAGCAAAGUGCUAGAGGAUUCUCGGGUGCUCAAAGGAUUUUGAAUGAAAGUAAAGCUUCAUUAUUCAUGUGUGGCGAUACUCAGCCUUUUUGCUCGCAUAUUAACCACAACAAUGUUGCCACUGUUUCUGAAAACUAGAGCAUAAGUGAUGGUAAAGCUUCUAGAAAAAAUAAAUAGAGAUUCUACCUAAAAAGUAUUAGCAAGUAUAUGAUGGAACAAAAUGUGCAAUGCUGAACUCCUCUGUAAUUGUUUCUUAUAUAAUUCUCUUUUUUCAUAAAUUAACAUACUUUCACAAUAAAACUUAAACCAUUAUGAGUCAUGAAUAAUCCUAUUGAAUGUUAAGAAUUAUUUGCUGCUUUAAGCUUCAUGCAGAGGGGAUCUAAAAUUAGAUGUGCGAUUACUUAAAAGCACUUCUUUUGGAGCUAUAGUAGGUGGUAAAUAUUAUGUGAGUGCAGCCAAAGGGCUUUGAGAGCCUUGUCCUCUUAAACAGAGAGAAAAAAAAGACUCUUAUUUUCAUACUGUGACAAUUUACCAUACCUAUUAUGCUACCUAGGUGGUAUUGCUGCUGGAAUUAUUUACUUUCUUUUGCUAUAAAGGUUGACUGCAUCUUGAUGUUUUUUUUCCCUAAUAAACAUUAAUAUUUGCUCCUCACUUUUUUUAAGAUAAAGGCAAAUAUUUGGAAAAAUCAGUUGCAGUACAUAUAUGUUGUGUCAGCUUAGGGUUUCACUGGAAAUGUAAACCAUUCAUACAAACUGAAAAUAGAAUUCUAAACAACGGGCUAAUCCUAUGUGAAAUAUAUGUUUGAAUGUGUU